UGCGCGUGUAAGUCUCGCUCGUGCCCCUAGAGGGCUCGUCUGUCUCUCUCUGUCAGUAAGUGUGUGUAUGUCGGUUCUUCGGGUCUGAAUGUGAGUUCUGGGUUCGAUCAUCAUCAUGUCCUCCGCGGGAUCAUGCGGACCGGCACCGGGACCGAAUCACGGCGGUUCUGGUCCCUCAAACCCGCGAAAGUUCAGCGAGAAGAUCGCGCUCCACACGCAGAGACAGGCUGAGGAGACCGCGGCGUUCCAGCAGGUCAUGAUGGACCUCACCUCCACCCGGGUCCAGGCGCAGAAGGUCCGACUGGCCAGAUCUCAGGGCCCGUAUUACGGCGGAUCUCUGCCAAAUGUCAACCAGAUCGGCAGGAGCGCCUCAGAACUGCAGGAGGGCUCGUUCCACUCUCCGCUGGACUCCAGUCGCUCCACUCGGCAUCAUGGUCUGGUGGAGCGAGUGCACAGGGACCGGCACUUCGUCUCUCCCAGCAGACCCUACAGGAGACACAUGGACACCCCUCACAGCAGCGCUGUGUAUCUGACUCCGCCCCCUGACCCCAGCUGGAGAAGAACGAACUCGGACUCUGCGCUCCACACGAGUGUGAUGAACCCGCCGGCUGCAGACCCGUUCUCUGUCGGACUCUCGCUCGCUGCGCAGGGCCGACGGGCCGUUUUCUCCUAUCCGCCUCCCAUCGAGGAGAACGGCCCGGAUGACGGACGCCUGCUCAAACCCUGGGACUCCAGGAAGCUGCCGCUGCUCUCUUCACGACCAAGGUCCUGUGAGGUGCCUGGAAUCACUGUGUUUCCCUCUCCGGACCAGCAGGGCGGCGCCGCUCACGGCCCGUCAGUGUUGAACACGGGCGGCUCGCUGCCGGAUCUGUCCAGUCUGCACUUCCCGUCUCCUCUUCCCACACCGCUGGACCCGGACGAGCCCGGAUACCCGUCGCUCAGCACCGGGAACCUGACCUGCACCCUCACCCAGCUGGGCAUCACCGGCUCCUUCCACUCCUCAGGUCUGCUGCCGUCUCUGCAGGGCACGUCGAGUAGCCCCUCCCUCCAGUCGUCGCUUAGCAACCCCAACAUCCAAUCAUCUCUCAGCAGUCACUCGUUCCCGAGCUCCGCCUCCCUGCACUCGUCGCUGAGCAACCCCUCCCUGCAGUCCUCGUUAAGCUCCUCCCCCUCUCUGAGGUCAUCGCUCAGCAGCCAGUCGCUGCAGUCGUCCCUCAGUAGCUCCUCCCUCCAGUCGGCAGCCAGUAAUCCCAGUAAUCCCAGCUUCUCGGGCUCCUACGCUGCGCUCGCACCUGGACAGGUGCAGAUGAACACGUCCCCCCGCAGACGAGCACAGCUGACCCCCGUGAUCCUGCCUCAGGACACACGCCGACACCACCCCAAACAGUUCUCGCCCACCUCGUCCUCGCUCGGCUCCAUCACACAGGGAGUGGCUCUGGACACCAGUAAGCUGCUGGGGGAUCAGAGGUCGUCUCAGUAUUCUUUCGGGCAGCCGCAGCCGGUUCAGAAAGGUCUUGUUCCUGCGCAGACACACACACACACACACACGCUCCGGCCGUCAUCACAGACCGCACAGCUUCAUCUACACAACAUGCAAAACCUGCACAAGACGCAGAACUUCCAGCUGCAGCGGCCCAACCAGAACCAGAGCCCGAGCGCGGGGAGUGUGUGUCCGGCGGACGCCCAGCGGGACGAGCAGAGCCGCAUCAGCGAGCUGGACCUGUACAACGACACCAUGUUCCUGAACUCUCUGCUGGACGACCCGUACCUGGACCUGCAGUUAACCAGCCGCCAGAACCAGAACCUGAGUCUGAGCCAGCAGUUGGGCCUGGACUGUCCUGAUCUGGGCUCUGGGUCAGUGAAGGCUCCGGGUCAGCAGGGGGCGCUGGAGCUGCUGGACUCCUCAGAGCAACACAUGCAGUGUCAGGCGUACGCAGACGGGCGGCACACGGUGCCCAACAUCAUCCUGACCGAUUCUCCGUCGGGCCUGUCGAAGGAGAUCACACACGCGCUGUCGGGCGUCCCGGGCUUCGAGAUGGACCCGUUCUGCUCAGACGACCCGCUGGCGCUGGAGGGUCUGGGAAUGCUGACCGACGGGGACCUGAUGCUGGCCGACCCGGCAGUGGAGGACUCCUUCAGAUCCGACCACCUCAAGUGACCCGCGGUCAUGUGACGCCUCGGGUCCGGCGGGUUC